UCAACUGCACGUCUCCCGCUUUGUGCUAUUCCCGCAGCCAGAAAACCCUAACUUCCCGGCCGCCGCUUUCCUUUCCCUCGAUCCACAGCUCGCGCCGUUCCUGCAAGUGCGCACCCAUCGUCCCACCUACGCACUGCCGCCCAACGAUCUACGAGCUGCCAUGGCUAACUCAGCGGCACCGGGAGGAAUGAGGUCGUUCCUGCAGGCCGUGUCUACGGUCACCGAGGAGGCGCCGACGCCACUCCGCGUCGUCCAGAUGGAGGGCCUGGCUUCGGCAAAAAGAGGAAGCGGCCUUUUAUGCUUCGUUGUGUACGAAAAGAAGGGAAGGUGUUUUUUCGCCUUCGGCUCAAAAAACUGAUUUCGUCCACAUCAAAGCACCUCAAUCGAAGGGUAAGAAUAUAUUACAAGGUAUGUACAAAAUUCCUUGAAGAACAGUUUAAUUCUAUUUACAAGAGUUGUUACAAAAUUAUCCUGAGUUUUUCUAAAGCACACUUCUGCUAGUUUUCAUUAAGCUUCAGCUUCGACGACAACUUCGGCGACAUAUCCUAGGCAUCAUCUUCACCUUCGUCAUCCUACAUGAGUCAAGGAAUCAUAAGAAUCAAGCCCAAAGGAAAAGGUAAGCACGAAAUGUCAUUUCUUACUGGUUCAAGAUGACUUCGGGCUUCGUCUCCAGCUUUCUCUCGCCCGCCCUUUGUCCAUACCAUUUUUAUAAAUCUAUUGGAGAUACUUCGGGCGAGGUCGGGCAUAUCAUCCAGGAUUGAUGAAGAUAAGGUGAAAUUGGGCCUGUUGACAACCUUUCCAUGUUCGCAGCCGGCUUUCAGAAAUGCAGCAGCGGUACCCUGAGAAGCUACCCAGGCACAGAAGUCGCCGUGCCCGGCUAUAACUUCGUCAAGCUCUUCGAUUUCAGCUUCAAUAUGAUCGAAGGCCUGGGGUAAAUUUUCCGCCGAAGGGUUAAAUUUCCCACUGCUGGCUCCAACAGAGUAAAAUAUCUUCUUUAAUCGUCCAAUACAAUUAUUGCCAAAGUUCAAGCAUUUGUCUUGAAGGCUUGUUAAUGCUUUCUUCAAUUCUGAGCUGGUCUGGACUUCGGCUUUAAGCUUCGAAUUCAGUUCUAGCUUCUCCUGAUCAAAUUGUUUUGAUUGAUUGAUAAGCUUCGAAUUUAACUCUAAUAUUUUAGCCUCAGUUUCAGCCAGCAAGCCUUCGGUCGAUUGGAGCUCGAAGUCUUUCUUUUCAAUGAUGGCAGAUUGCUCUUUUAUUUUGCUUUCCAAGUUUUCAAUUAUAGCUUCGUGCUUUUUGUCCUCCAAGUCUUGUUGCAUCUUCAGAGCUUUGCUCAGUAGCAUGCUCUGAACAGAAACAACUUAUGUUAAGUAAUAUUUUCAUUGUUAACGGCAAUAAAAACCAGAGAAAAAGGUUGUUUACCUUGAAGUUAGAAUAAAACAAGCUGCCGACGAUAUGUUGUCGUCGGUAGCGGCUGAUGUCUGUCUCUAGCUUCGGAAAACCGAUACUCUUCGAUAGAGUACCGAUUACCUUAGCUCCAGUAUGGUCUCGAAUACAGCCUAGUUUUUCAUCAUCUACACCCCCAAAUAGGAGGGCACCUGACUUGUAGCCGCAAGACUUGGCGUAGUCUUUAAGUUCUUCUAUUUCGUCCUUUGUCAGUUUUUGCCCAACUAAGUUCUGGAAAGAGUAGGCUUCGUCGUCCGAAGGGUCUUCGGCUAUUUCUUUUCCUUUCUCAGGCACUGUGGCCAUGGUUUUUUCAGUAGUAGCAUCAGCUUCUUCCGCAGCCAUGUCUUCCAAAAUCUUGUUGAUAUUCUUAAUCGUGGUUUCUAAGUUUGUAUCUUCGGCUGUAGCGGCUUCGGUAGCCGCGACCUCCGAAGCUACGCCUUCGACGAUUGCUGUACCUUCGGCAGCUGCCGUUUUUUGGAUUGAUGCCCUUGGCGGCGUCUUGUCGAUAACCUCAGUUACCGCAAUGAUUCUUUGCCGUUUGGGUUUGUUUAUCUUCGAUUGAUCCGGCUCGUCCACCUUUUCAAAAAGCUUCGUCAGUUGGAGCCCUAAUGGACUUAGCUUCGUAGGCAUGGGUUCAGUCAUUACCUUUAAAAUUUCCUCCACGUCGCUGGUAGAAGGCGGUGUGGGGGUCCCCUCUUCUUCGGGUGAUUUGCGCUUCGGAGCAGAUAUUUUUCCUUUUUUGAGAAUUUUCUUCUCCUUUGCUGGUCUUUCUUCAUCCGUGAUCGGAGUUUCGGCUAUUCUUUUUCUUUUAAGGCCCUCGGCACCCUUGUUCAAUUGUUCAUAGUCUGGGUAUUCGAAGCCUAGGGCGUCAAGCACUCGGUUCAACCUUCGUUUCGGUCGGGCACCGAAGGCUGCUGUCAUUAGUUGAUCCUCUUUUUUGGAGUAGUUCCCCAGGAUUUCGUUGCACAUCACUUCAACAGUCUCUAACCAUUCUUUGCAGGGUUUUUUGAAGAAUUUCUUGAACUUGAAGUAAUAGGGAAGCCGGACAAGCUCCCCCUUCUUCUUCUCUCCCUCCAGCUUCGGCAUUUCCCACUCUUUUAGAGUAGGGAAAACUCUGAAUGCCAAGAAUUCCUGAACUAGAUCCCUGGUGCCAAUAUGUUUUGAGAUAAUUUCAAAUUCACCCAGAGCAGCCCAGGUGGGACCUUUUAGGUCGCCAAUGCGGCAUUGUGGCCUUGUCUCUCCGAAGAUUAACUCCAGAGGGCUUUGUACCAAUUUUUCUUUGUCUUCAUCGACUUUUACAUAAAACCACUCAGAUUUCCAACCUGCUGGCCAUUUGCUUCGGUAGCUGAUGACAGGACACUUUGUUGUCUUCCGGUAGGCAAAAUUAUAGCAACCGAAAUUAUCAUGUAGCCCAUCUUUUCUGGCCUUUGUUUGGUAAUGUAAUUCGUGAGCUCGGCAGAAGCUGUCAGCAAAUGGUUCCACAGCUUGGCUUCGGAGGGCCCAGAUAUAAACAUUGAGCCUAACGAUGGCGUUAGGAGUCAAUUGAUGAAAGUAGAUACCAAACCUCCUUAGUAUCUCCGCAACAAUAUCGUGGAGAGGGAAUCUAAGCCCAGCUUUCAAAAAACUCUUGAAAAUAACAAUCUCAUCCUUCCUUGGCUUCGGGGUGGUUUCUUCUUCCCCGAAGCGGAGUAGCUUCUUCUGGUCCUCAUUGAAAUAACCUGCUUUCACCAUCUUCGAAAGGUCAGCUUUUGAAACAGUUGAUUUCCCAAAAUCCAGGUGACUGGGCUUGCUGGGCGUAGCAAGGUGAUAGUCAUCUUCGGAGUCAGUCCCUUCAAUGUUUUCUUCUCCUUCGGCAGUUGUUGGGCCUGCUUCAGCAGCAGGCAUUUCUUCUGUAGUCAGUAGACCGGAACGCUGCAUUGCUUCGGAGAUGGGCAUAGUGUCUGAACCUUCGGCUUCGUCUCCCUCAUGUACAACUUUGGCAGUAGAUCGUAUUCUCGCCAUUUGAUUCUAAGUUUGGGAAGUCAAAAACUUUUUACUUUUUUCUUUUCUCCGAAACUCUUCUUUCUGACGAAGCGGACGUUGAGAAGCACCUUCGUUCGAUUUUAGGGACUUAAGCUUCGGCUAUGAUGGAAAAUUUCGGCAGCAAAACAGUGCAAAUAGCAAUGAAUGCUGUGGUAACUUCACAACUACUUGUCAGUUUAUAUAGUGCUGCAGGUAAGAAGGCGAAGCGGCGGAAUUGUUACACCAGGCGCGCAGUAACUUGUACCCGCUGCGCAGUGGACCGCAAGGAUCAAACAGUAACUCUGCAAGGUGGGACCGACACGCGCUCGGAAGUCGGAUCGUUUCUCCGCAACGAGCUCAGGGAAGGUGUUUUUUGGACCUUCGGCUUCCCGAAGCUGAAGAGGCUUUUUUCACGGGUCAAGCUCGUUACGAAGAACGAUCUAGCACCGCGAAAGGGGCUACUGUUGGGGUCGUGCUUCGGUGCGCCGAAGGUCUCACACGAAGAAGCAGCUUCGGCUGGAGUCGUCUCCAAGAGAUGGCCGAAGGUCCCUUUUCAUGGAGCUUCGGCGUUUUAAACCGACAUAGAGAUAGAAUGACCUUUUUAUACAUAUAGGUCUGAGUCAAUGAUGUAAACUUUCGCAAGGGGCAUAAUUGUAAUUUGUCACAGGCUGCGACCUGUGCCUAUAAAUAGAUGAACAGUACCUCUGUACUGUUCACGGGAACCUGUCAUUUGCUUUCGCAUCACGCUUGUACUUUUGCCUUCCGCAGGACCGAAGGUACAUUUGUAAUUCAAAGUCAUUUAUAUUCAUUAAUACAAGUAGAGAUAAUUCUAUGACAAUAUUUAAAUGUUUAUUUCAUAUUCUAUGAUUUAUGUGAAUGCUUCAUUCUUCGUUGUCAUGCUUACGAAGGUAUGUCCUUCGUAACCUUCGUCCGAGAUGCUUUAUAUCCCGAAGGGAUAUAUCGUUAUGGAGGACGAAGGACCUUUACACUUAACAUUUUUUGUGUUGCCUUGUUCUUAAUUCUUAGCAUUUGAGAACAAGUCCCCAACAAUAAAGUUCCAUCGAAGUACGUUGCACUCAUUAAGGACGUUUACAACAAUGUCAUGACUAAUGUUUGAACAGGUGAUGCUGUCACAUAUAACUUCCUGAUUAGAAUAUGGCUACAUCAAGGGUCGCCUUUGAGCCCCUGUCUUUUUGCAUUGGUGAUGGAUGAGGUCACAAGAGACAUACAAGCAGACAAUGUAGCUUCAGGCGGGAGUAAAUAGGGGUUCGAGCCCCAGCCUCUUCAUAUUAUGCGGGCUGUACUGAAGAUCAUCAAGCACUGUGAGGAGUUUGCGCCAGCUUUAGUUACAGGUCAAUUGCUUGGUUUGGAUGUUGGUAGUGUUCUGGAAGUGACCAACUGUUUUCCGUUCCCUAUCAGGGAAGAGGAUGAUGAAGCAGAUGCAGAUGGUGCCAAUUAUCAGCUUGAGAUGAUGAGGUGUUUGAGGGAAGUUAAUGUUGACAACAAUACUAUUGGAUGGUAUCAGUCUUGCUUGCUUGGAUCUUUUCAAACUGUGGAACUGAUUGAAACAUUUAUGAACUAUCAGGAGAGCAUCAGGAGAUGUGUGUGCAUUGUCUAUGACCCAUCUAGAUCUAGUCAAGGCGUGCUAGCUCUCAAAGCCUUAAAGCUUACAGACUCGUUUAUGGAUCUUUACCGUAACAAUGGUUUAACUGGGGAGAAGUUAAGGGAGAAGAAAUUGUCCUGGGUUGAUAUUUUUGAGGAGAUACCAAUAAAAGUUUCCAACUCAGCGCUUGUCAGUGCCUUUAUGAAGGAGCUGGAACCUGAGUCACCUGUUACCCAGUGUGACCUGGACCGACUUAAAUUGUCAACCGCCCCCUUUAUGGAAAGGAACUUGGAAUUUCUGAUUGGGUGCAUGGAUGAUCUUUCAUCAGAGCAGAACAAGUUCCAAUAUUAUAACCGCAAUCUCUCAAGACAACAGUCACAGCAGCAGGCAUGGCUUCAAAAGAGAAGGCAGGAGAACAUGGCGAGGAAAGCAGCUGGUGAGGAGCCACUACCAGAAGAAGAUCCAUCCAAUCCUAUAUUUAAGCCUAUUCCUGAGCCCUCACGAUUGGAGGGCUAUCUAGUAACUAAUCAGAUCUCCAGUUACUGCAACCAUAUCAACGGGGUUGCUGGUCAGAAUUUCGACAGGCUAUACCUGAUGAAGGCCUUGCAUGAGGAUUAGAAGACUGGGCUGUGAUGAAUGCUGUUAGAAUUAGCUUGUGAUACUGCUCAAAAUCGUAAUUUUGUGAUGUACCUUUACAUGGGCGUGCCUGUCCUCUACUUAAUGUUUCCAUGGACCAGAUGGUUAGCUCGUGAUACUUAAUGUACUUGCAUAUGUAUGCGUUGCCGUAUAAACCAAUUUUCUCCAUUAGUAUUUUUGUGACGCUCAGUUUGAA